AUGUACGGAACGGCAACGGGUCCUCAGACCGGCAUUAACACACCUCGGUCAUCGCAGUCAUUGAGGCCCCUAAUUCUCUCUCAUGGAUCCCUCGAAUUUUCCUUCCUUGUGCCAACAUCGCUCCACUUCCAUGCCUCGCAGCUGAAAGGCACCUUCACAACCUCCCUACCCGAGCCUACAGACGAACUUGCGCAGGACGAUGAACCAUCUUCGGUAGCAGAGCUUGUUGCUCGGUACAUCGGUCAUGUUGCUCACGAAGUUGAGGAGGGUGAAGACGACGCACACGGGACAAAUCAGGACGUUCUCAAGUUGGUUCUCAACGAAUUUGAGCGAGCCUUCAUGCGCGGAAAUGAUGUUCAUGCGGUGGCAGCCACCUUACCUGGAAUCACAGCCAAAAAAGUCCUGGUUGUCGAGGCUUAUUAUGCUGGGCGAGCAGCUGCCGGCAGGCCAACCAAGCCCUAUGACUCCGCACUCUUCCGGGCCGCUUCAGAUGAGAAGGCGAGCAUCUACUCGGUUUUCGGAGGUCAGGGAAACAUUGAAGAAUACUUCGACGAGUUGAGAGAAGUCUACAACACCUACACACCAUUUGUAGAUGACCUCGUAUCCUCGUCGGCGGAGUUACUGCAGUCCCUUUCUCGCGAGCCAGACGCCAGCAAACUUUACCCGAAGGGUCUCAAUGUCAUGCAAUGGCUCCGAGAGCCUGACACUCAGCCAGAUGUUGAUUAUCUUGUGUCGGCUCCGGUCAGUUUACCGUUGAUUGGUCUAGUCCAGUUGGCGCAUUUUGCUGUCACUUGCAAGGUGCUUGGAAAAGAACCGGGCGAUAUUCUCGAGCGGCUUAGUGGGACUACUGGCCACUCCCAGGGCAUUGUCACUGCCGCUGCGAUCGCUUCAGCCACAACCUGGGAGAGUUUUGACAAGGCGGCCGCUAACGCCUUGACAAUGCUUUUCUGGAUUGGUUUGCGUAGCCAGCAAGCGUACCCUCGCACAUCCAUUGCUCCAUCCGUAUUACAAGACUCAAUCGAGAAUGGGGAAGGGACGCCAACUCCUAUGCUAUCAAUUCGGGACCUUCCGCGCGCUGCCGUUCAAGAGCACAUCGAUAUGACCAACCAACAUCUGCCGGAGGAUCGCCACAUUUCAAUCUCUCUAGUCAACAGCGCCCGUAACUUUGUUGUUACAGGCCCGCCUCUUUCGCUUUACGGUCUCAAUCUUCGUCUGCGCAAAGUCAAGGCUCCCACUGGCUUGGACCAAAACCGCGUUCCCUUUACACAGCGGAAGGUCCGCUUCGUCAACCGGUUCCUUCCAAUCACGGCUCCUUUCCACAGCCAGUAUCUCUACUCGGCAUUUGACCGUAUCAUGGACGACCUCGAGGAAGUGGAGAUCUCGCCAAAGUCUCUUACCAUUCCAGUCUAUGGCACCAAGACCGGCGAGGAUCUGAGAGAGAUCGCCGAUGCCAAUGUCGUUCCUGCGCUGGUCCGAAUGAUCACUCAUGACCCUGUGAACUGGGAACAGACAACAGGUUUUCCAAAUGCCACUCACAUUAUCGAUUUCGGUCCUGGAGGUAUAUCGGGUCUUGGAGUGCUUACCAACCGUAACAAGGACGGCACAGGCGUCCGUGUCAUACUCGCAGGGGCCAUGGAUGGCACCAACGCUGAGGUUGGGUACAAACCGGAACUGUUCGACCGUGACGAACAUUCGGUCAAAUAUGCCAUCGACUGGGUCAAGGAGCAUGGACCACGUCUGACCAAGAAUGCUACCGGCCAAACUUUCGUUGACACCAAAAUGAGCCGCUUGUUGGGCAUCCCACCCAUCAUGGUCGCUGGAAUGACGCCAACUACCGUUCCGUGGGACUUUGUUGCUGCAACAAUGAAUGCGGGCUAUCACAUCGAACUCGCUGGUGGAGGUUACUACAAUGCCAAGACUAUGACCGAUGCGAUCAGCAAGAUCGAAAAGGCGAUUCCUCCGGGUCGGGGUAUCACCGUUAAUUUGAUCUACGUCAAUCCGCGCGCUAUGGGCUGGCAAAUUCCCCUUAUCGGCAAGCUUAGAGCCGACGGAGUGCCGAUUGAAGGACUUACUAUCGGUGCUGGAGUUCCAUCUAUCGAGGUUGCCAACGAAUACAUCGAGACCCUCGGUAUCAAACACAUUGCCUUCAAGCCCGGUUCCGUGGACGCUAUUCAGCAGGUCAUUAAUAUCGCCAAGGCAAACCCCAAAUUUCCUGUGAUUCUACAAUGGACUGGUGGUCGCGGUGGUGGACACCACUCUUUCGAGGACUUCCAUCAGCCCAUUUUGCAGAUGUAUAGCCGCAUCAGGCGCCAUGAGAACAUCAUUCUUGUCGCCGGUAGUGGAUUCGGUGGUUCCGAAGACACGUAUCCGUACCUUUCUGGAAACUGGUCAUCUUGCUUUGGUUACCCUUCAAUGCCGUUCGAUGGAUGUUUGUUCGGUAGCCGCAUGAUGACUGCCAAGGAAGCGCACACUUCUAAGAAUGCCAAGCAGGCUAUUGUGGAUGCCCCUGGCCUUGACGACCAGGAUUGGGAGAAGACUUACAAAGGCGCCGCUGGCGGAGUUGUCACUGUUCUUUCAGAAAUGGGAGAACCGAUCCACAAAUUGGCUACUCGCGGUGUCCUGUUCUGGCACGAGAUGGAUCAGAAAAUCUUCAAGCUGGACAAGGCGAAACGCGUGCCGGAGUUGAAGAAGCAAAGGAAUUAUAUUAUCAAGAAGCUCAAUGACGACUUCCACAAGGUUUGGUUCGGACGCAAUUCCGCUGGGGAGACAGUUGAUUUGGAAGAUAUGACAUACGCAGAAGUUGUUCACCGCAUGGUUGAUUUGAUGUAUGUCAAGCACGAGGGUCGGUGGAUAGAUGAUUCCUUAAAGAAGCUUACGGGUGAUUUCAUCCGUCGGGUUGAAGAACGCUUCACCAUCAGCGAAGGACAAGCAUCACUUCUUCAAAAUUAUUCGGAGCUCAAUGUUCCUUAUCCCGCUGUCGACAAUAUCCUCGCAGCCUAUCCUGAAGCGGCAGCCCAACUCAUCAAUGCUCAGGACGUUCAGCACUUUCUUCUACUUUGCCAACGCCGUGGGCAGAAACCCGUGCCUUUUGUCCCCUCGUUGGAUGAAAACUUUGAAUACUGGUUUAAGAAGGAUUCCCUAUGGCAGAGCGAGGAUCUGGAAGCAGUCGUGGGUCAGGAUGUCGGCAGAACUUGUAUCCUGCAAGGUCCAAUGGCCGCCAAGUUCUCGACCGUCAUCGACGAACCGAUUGGAGACAUCUUGAACUCCAUUCAUCAGGGGCACAUUGACAGCCUCGUCCGAGAUGUGUACAAUGGCGACGAGAAGACCAUCCCUAUCACCGAAUAUUUUGGAGGACGACUGAGCGAGGUACAUGAGGAAAUCGAAACUGACGGCCUUACGAUCUCGGAAGACACAAACAAGAUUAGCUACCGGUUGUCCUCUUCUGCCUCGGAUCUGCCUGAGCUGAACCGCUGGUGCCGUCUUCUUGCAGGUCGUUCAUACUCUUGGAGACACGCUCUGUUUUUGGCGGAUGUCUUUGUGCAAGGUCAUCGCUUCCAGACAAACCCCAUGAAGCGAAUCAUUGCGCCGAGCCCUGGCAUGUAUGUUGAAAUUGUCAACCCCGAGGAUUCUCCAAGAACUGUCAUCAACGUCCGAGAACCCUACCAGUCGGGCAAACUCGUCAAGACCGUCGAUAUCAAGAUGAACGAAAAGGAUCAAAUCGCGAUUACGUUGUAUGAAGGAAGAACUGCCGAGAACGGCGUGGUUCCCUUGACUUUCUUGUUUACUUACCACCCGGACACAGGAUAUGCCCCCAUUAGAGAAGUCAUGGACAGCCGUAACGAUCGCAUCAAGGAAUUCUAUUACCGCAUCUGGUUCGGAAACAAGGACGUUCCAUUCGAUACGCCAACGACAGCCACGUUUAGUGGAGGCCGUGAGACUAUCACUUCGAAGGCUGUUGCCGACUUCGUCCACGCGGUGGGCAAUACUGGUGAGGCCUUCGUUGAACGUCCGGGCAAAGAAGUCUUUGCUCCCAUGGAUUUCGCUAUCGUUGCGGGAUGGAAAGCUAUUACAAAGCCGAUCUUCCCUCGCACGAUCGACGGUGACUUGCUGAAGCUGGUUCAUCUGUCUAAUGGUUUCAAGAUGGUUCCUGGUGCUCAGCCGCUCAAGGUCGGCGAUAUUCUGGACACGACAGCGCAGAUCAAUUCAAUUAUCAAUGAAGAUUCUGGAAAGAUUGUCGAAGUCUGCGGUACCAUCAAGAGGGAUGGCGAACCCAUCAUGCAUGUUACUAGUCAGUUCCUCUACCGUGGAGCUUAUACCGACUUUGAAAAUACCUUCCAGCGCAAAGAUGAGGUCCCGAUGCAGGUACACCUUGCGUCUAGCCGUGAUGUAGCCAUUCUUCGAUCUAAAGAAUGGUUCCGCCUUGACAUGGAUGACGUUGAGUUGUUAGGACAGACCCUAACGUUCCGUCUUCAGAGUCUAAUCCGGUUCAAGAACAAAAACGUUUUCAGCCAGGUCCAAACCAUGGGUCAGGUUCUCCUCGAGCUCCCCACCAAAGAAGUGAUCCAAGUCGCAUCUGUCGACUACGAGGCUGGUACAUCCCAUGGUAACCCGGUCAUCGACUAUCUCCAGCGAAACGGAACCUCCAUCGAGCAGCCCGUCUAUUUCGAAAACCCUAUUCCUCUCAGCGGUAAGACGCCUUUGGUCCUCCGUGCUCCUGCAUCCAACGAGACUUACGCUCGGGUGUCUGGUGAUUACAAUCCUAUCCACGUCUCUCGAGUUUUUUCUAGCUACGCAAACUUGCCCGGUACAAUCACUCAUGGAAUGUACACGAGCGCUGCAGUCCGCAGCCUCGUGGAAACUUGGGCGGCCGAAAACAAUAUUGGCCGUGUCCGCGGCUUCCAUGUAUCCCUUGUCGACAUGGUCCUGCCCAAUGACCUGAUCAACGUCAGGCUGCAACACGUGGGUAUGAUUGCCGGUCGCAAGAUCAUCAAGGUCGAGGCCAGCAACAAGGAGACGGAAGACAAGGUUCUUUUGGGUGAAGCUGAAGUUGAGCAGCCGGUAACAGCAUAUGUCUUCACCGGUCAAGGUUCCCAAGAACAAGGAAUGGGAAUGGAGCUGUAUGCUACCAGCCCCGUUGCCAAGGAAGUUUGGGAUCGCGCAGACCGUCAUUUCAUUGAGAACUACGGCCUGUCGAUUAUUGACAUUGUCAAGAACAACCCGAAGGAACUUACGGUCUACUUUGGCGGACCCCGUGGCAAAGCAAUUCGUCAGAACUACAUGUCCAUGACCUUCGAGACCGUCAAUGCCGACGGCACCAUCAAGUCGGAGAAGAUCUUCAAAGAGAUCGAUGAGACUACGGCCUCCUAUACUUAUCGCUCACCCACUGGGCUCCUUUCCGCUACCCAGUUUACUCAACCAGCCUUGACCUUGAUGGAGAAGGCAAGCUUUGAAGACAUGCGCUCAAAGGGUCUUGUUCAGAGAGACAGCAGCUUUGCCGGCCAUUCCUUGGGCGAGUAUUCUGCCCUCGCCGCCCUUGCUGAUGUCAUGCCCAUCGAAAGCUUGGUCUCUGUUGUCUUCUAUCGCGGUCUGACAAUGCAAGUUGCUGUGGAGCGAGACGAACAGGGCCGCUCAAACUACUCAAUGUGUGCUGUCAACCCCAGUCGCAUUUCCAAGACUUUUAACGAGCAGGCCCUUCAGUAUGUCGUUGGGAACAUCUCCGAGCAAACCGGCUGGCUCCUGGAAAUUGUCAACUACAACGUUGCAAACAUGCAAUAUGUUGCGGCUGGCGAUCUCCGAGCACUCGACUGUCUCACCAACUUGCUUAACUACCUGAAAGCGCAGAACAUCGACAUCCCGGCUCUGAUGCAGAGCAUGUCCCUAGAAGACGUAAAGGCCCACCUUGUCAAUAUCAUCCGGGAAUGUGUGAAACAAACCGAAGCCAAGCCCAAGCCCAUCAACCUUGAACGUGGAUUUGCUACAAUCCCGCUCAAGGGAAUCGAUGUGCCCUUCCACAGUACUUUCCUUCGUUCCGGUGUGAAACCAUUCCGAUCCUUCUUGCUGAAGAAGAUCAACAAGACCACUAUCGACCCGAGCAAACUAGUUGGAAAGUACAUUCCCAAUGUCACGGCACGACCCUUUGAGAUUACAAAAGAGUACUUCGAAGAUGUGUACCGUCUCACAAACUCCCCCAGGAUCGCCCAUAUCUUGGCGAACUGGGAGAAAUAUGAAGACGGUAGUGAGGGAAGCUCGCGCACAGGCGGUACAGCCGCAGCUUAG